GUCCCGCCCCCUCGUCGUUCUCCCAGUAGUGAUGCGCUCAGCUCACCCAAUCCCUAUCGCCCCAGGCCCUGGCGAAUCCCCUUGCCUAGGUCGCCGCCAUGACCGGCCUAUUGCCAUGGCAACCCCCAGCGGGUCGCCCUUCCCAGCGGGGCCCCAGCGAGCGGGAGCCCGGCUACCCGGAGGCUCCAAACACAGUUGCUGGCGGAGCCGGCCCUGGCUCGCUCAGCUGCCCUUGGGCCGAUCGGCUCCGCAGCGAUAACUGGAGCACGGCAGCACGCUGCCGCCACCUGGCCUCUCCGCUGGCGCCGUCCCCGAGGCCGCUCAGGCAGGCCCGGCCCAGCCCCGCUCCGCUCCAUCCUUGCGUCCGCCCAGCAGUGAGACCCGCAGGCCUGCGCCAAGGGUAGGAGUAACUGCUAGCUUCCACCAUCUGCCGUGCACACCGCCCUGAACGCUACAGGCCCAGUCCGGGCUGCGGAUGUUCCCAGCCUCCACCAGGAAAAGAUUUGAAGAGAUUUGUUGAAGUCUGUGUGGGCUGAAGAGGAAGGAAAUGAGGAGAGGAGGGGAUGGAAAGGACAGCAAACUUGGCUAUAAAUACCCCAGGAAGGACAGAGCUCCUCUCCACAGAUUUUCCUCUUCGGCUAGAGAUGUAAAAUUUUCAGCAUAUCUUAGACAACAGUGGUAAGCGCACCAGACCUCACGGGGGAAACACAGAUCAACCUGCCUGAAGAAUGGUGGCAGUCUUGCUGCUGGGGCUCAGCUGCAUCUGUUCCCCAUUGGUAGCCCUGGUCCUAGACUACAACAGCAUCAAGAGUUCAGCUGAAGUGCAGGGCACCAGAAAGAGUUCACAGUGCAUAACAGACCAGGACUGUAAUGCUAGCAAAUUCUGCCUCAAGCAUGAAGAUGAUGUGUCCUUCUGUGUUACCUGUCGUGGGUUACGACGAAGAUGCAAGCGUAAUGCUAUGUGCUGCCCAGGGACUAUUUGUCUAAAUGAUGUUUGCAGCCAGACUGAAGAGGUUACCCCAACAGAAGGAAGAAGGACUGACGAACAGAAUGGUUCUGAUUCGAAAGGGACAACUCAACACCAGAUCCAAGAAAACUCUGAAAAAGGACUUGUCAAAUCUCCAAGCCAUAAAGGUUUGGAUACAGUGUUGCAGCCACAUUGGUCCCAGGAUAUUAGAGACACAAGGUCAAGAAGGAAAAAGCUGCCUUCGCACUUCAGAUUGUGCCUUUGGGCUUUGCUGCGCUCGCCAUUUCUGGACCAAAAUCUGUAAGCCAGUUCUCCGUGAAGGACUGGUCUGUUCCCGCCGGGGACACAAAGAUGUUGCUCAAGGUCCAGAAAUUUUCCAACGCUGUGAUUGUGGCCCUGGUUUGUCUUGCCGACCACCGCUCACCGGGCUGCCACAACGGUCGCGCUUAAACAUCUGCCAGAGAAGCUAAAGAGCCAAUACACACUGGCUCCAGAGGGAGAGCAAGGGAUUCGCUGUCUACUCCAGAGUUAAUUUAUGCAAGAUUCUAUAAAACUAUCCCUAACCUUCUACAGGCCAACAGAGCCCUGCACUGGAGGAAACAUGCAGCUCAAAGCAAGAUCUGGGCACUGGGCAACCUUAGAUGUACAUUUAGGUCACAUGGGCUCUGUUGUAUCCUUGUGGGCUGCACUAAGUAGCUAUCAGACGCUUACAAAAUCGCUUCUGUUUUCAGAUAGCAUGAAGUACAAAAAGGCUUGAUUUUUUUGUCUGUUUUUACAAACUAUUUAGGGUCCUUUUUUAUAGCUAUCAUACUCAAAUUCAGAGGUUCUCCAGCUGCUUUCCAACUAUUUAGUUAUUUACUAAAAUAAAAUAAAAAAGUGUACUAAAGGAACUAGUAGAUUCUUUCACAGGAAUUGCAAUUUACUUGUCAAUAGGGUCAAACUUUUUCCCAAAUGUUUCAAGGAUGUUCAGAGCCACAGAAGAAAGCUGUUUCCACUUCUGUCUCCAUCUCAGACUCAAAGACGGAAUCACAUGUAAAUGUCAGUUACCAUCAAAAAGUGCUUCAUAAACUAUUUACCUAGAGCAGCACAGAGAUGAGAGCAAGCUUUAUCUAGGGCAAAAGGCAGUAGACACCUAAGAUACUGCAAGCUGCUUUGUUGUUUUGUCCUUAGUGUUUUCAGACAACUACUCUUACAAAAAAUCCUCUGGAUCUUUAAUGUCAACAUAGACCAGAUUGGACCUGGAUUUCUAAAGGUUUAUCCAAAUGAUAUCUUUCCGUCUCCCCAUAAACAGUCAGUAAACCUCUCCCUGCCUGGACUCAAGCCUAAAGAAGGUUGGUUAGACCAUUAAGACCAUCAAUGGGAAUUUGUGAAAAACUGGAGGUUAUCAUGAAAGUUAUAUUGCAACUUAAACCGCACCUAGCCUGCACUAAGUGAAUAUUUUUUUCAUUCUCUCUAUGCUAUUUAGAUAUCACAGCGACAGACACCUUCUAACUGCUACUAAUGCAAAACCUGUAACACCACCUCUCAUCCGAAGACUCCAAAGUGCUCUGUCUGCCAACAUAUUUACUGGCUGUAUAAUUAAAAAUACAAAAUUUCACCUGCCACUUAAACAGUCACCACUGAGAUGGAACGUGCAGCCAGUUUACAAUGCACAAUUAUAGUUCAGGGCAGGAGGUGAAGACCUAUAGGAAUGGACUUGAUUAUCUGCUAAUUCCUUUCCCUAAAUGCUAUGAUCCUAACAUACAGUAAAUAGCUAUUAAACCAAACUGUUUCCUUAUGCAAUUGCUUUUCUGUCAUAUUUAAUAGUAAACGCCAAGUUUUGUGCGGCGCAUCUCCAACAUGUUUUAAGAGAAAUCGGAUAACGGUUUUCAGCUUUUUAAAGUUUAUUAUGGUUGUGAAGUCUGCAGAUUUGACCUUUGACUUGCAGCACUUCAGGGAAAUGUAUCAAAAUUAAAAUGCAGUUUUCUUUACGCAGAGAGAGCGACCCCAUGGACUAAUGCUGUUACUGUCAGAGACAAGAGGGGAUAGUGUGACUUUUCUUCAUUAUUUUGCACCUAACUUGGCCACCCAUAAAUCUAUUCACAGGGUGACUAUUUUAAAUAUAAUUUAUGACAAGUGCAUUGACUUUUAUGAAAGACAAACACAAUAUCUUCAUUUAGAAGCCACCACUGAAUACACUAAUAGUAAUUGUCCUUGUUGAGCAGCCACAUUUUUCCAUGGAAAUUGUAUGGGAAAGUAAUAAAACAAAAGCUGUGCUUUCUAAACACAGAUAUCCAGUAUCCCAGGGAGACAAAGGCAGACUAUAAUUUAUUAUUAGAAGACAAAAAUCUGGACCAAUUCCCAAUUUAAUCUAGGAGGAAUUUUAUCGUGAGGGAGCUGCUUGGUUCCUCAUCUUCCCUGCAGACUUAUCUUAGCACCUUAGCAAAGGGACUAAUUAAAAUUCAGAUAAAAACCACGUCUGUAUUAAAGAUAUUUUUGAAUAAAAGGAAAGUAAUCAAGUUGCAAUGCUAGGUGAUUUAAUUUUACAACAUAUUUUACUCUAGUGCCAUGGAACUAUUGUUAAAAACAGUGUCAGUAAUAUACACCUUCUGAAGUAAUGUUCAAGCAAUAAAUAUGCACCUAGCUUUGACUCUGAUGAUUAUUCAUAAAAGCUACAAAAUAAGUGAGCACUAGCUAGUAAACCUAUGAAUGCAAGUUAUUCACUCCGUUCUUUUGGCUCUCGAUACUUCCACUGUAUGUAGUCAAAGAUAUCCUUUUCACUCUCUACUGGGAGGGGCUCCCCAGCAACUCCUGAAAACACAAUAAAGAUGACAGACGGGUGAAAAACAGCAACUUUGCAAGGCAUCACUAGCAGUGCUGUGCAGACACCAUUUUAUAAAGGACAGGUUUAUCUAGAAAAAAAAAAAGGCUGAUGUCUGAAAACCAAGAAGCUGCAUAAAGAAAUGAAAGGGAAAAUAGGAGUCUGGUUAAUAGUUAGAUAAGGUCUAAAAACUAGAACUUCUAAGCAAAAAAAAAAACAAACAAACAAACAAAAAAAAACCCACACCUGAUCAAUAGG